UGAUGGCUGGUUCAGCGUUGAUAAAGGACUAGUUUCUGUCUCUAAACACCAUGUUAGUGUAGCGUUCCGCAUAGGAGAAAUCCAGUCUACAAAUUGACACGACGCCCCGCCCACUUUCCAGGUUGCUAUGACGUCACCUGCCAAAGCGUUCAAGAUGGCGACAUAUCAAGCGGCCGGAACGGAAAACAUUCUCCUUGUCACCGAUUCUUACAAGGUGACCCACCAUAUGCAAUAUCCCCCCAAGACAACUACAGUGUGUUCCUACUUCGAGAGCAGAGGGGGCAAGUUUCCUACCACAGUCUUCUUCGGUCUGCAAUACAUCAUCAAGAGGUGGCUUAUAGGACCAGUGAUCACUAGAGAAAAAAUUCAAGAGGCGAAAGAGCUGUAUAAUCUUCACUUUGGUAGAGACAACUUCAAUGAAGAUGGAUGGAAUUACAUUCUGGAGAAACAUGGGGGUUAUCUCCCUUUGCGAAUCAGAGCCGUCCCAGAAGGCACAGUUGUGCCAUACAAGAACGUUUUAUUUGUUGUCGAAAAUACAGAUCCAAAAUGCUUUUGGUUGACAAACUACUUUGAGACCCUGCUGGUACAGGUGUGGUACCCCAUGACAGUCGCCACCAACUCCAGGUACCAGAAGGAAAUCAUCGCCCGGUAUCUGGAUGAAACUGCAGAUGAUCUGGAUGGACUACCAUUCAAACUUCACGACUUUGGAUUUAGAGGUUCCACUUCAGUAGAGUCAGCUGGUAUAGGUGGGUGUGCCCACUUGGUCAACUUUCAAGGAACAGACACCAUCGCUGGUAUAAUGACUGCAAGAAAGUACUAUGGCUGCAACGUCGCUGGCUUCUCCAUCCCCGCAGCAGAGCACAGCACAAUCACCACAUGGGGCAGAGACGGCGAGUUCGAAGCUUUCAAGAACAUGUUGACUAAGUUCCCUAAAGGCGCAAUGGCCUGUGUGAGUGACAGUUACGACAUUUUUAAUGCCUGUGAAAAAGUGUGGGGCGAGGACCUCAAGGAUGUGAUCAUCGAGCGGGGGAAGAAUGGCGGUGUGCUGGUCGUCAGGCCAGACUCGGGCGAUCCCCCAGAAAUUGUAGUCAAGGUGUUGGAGAGCCUAGGAAAGAAGUUUGGUACCACUGAGAACAGUAAAGGCUACAAGAUGCUUCCUCCGUACCUCCGGGUAAUACAGGGAGAUGGCAUCAGCUACGAGAAGCUUGAUGUCAUCUUGAUCAACAUGCGCAAACACAAGUGGAGUUCGGACAAUCUCACAUUCGGCAGUGGAGGGGCGCUGUUACAAAGAUUGGACAGAGAUACACAGAAGUGUGCCUUUAAGUGUAGCUAUUCGGUUAUCAACGGAAAAGAGGUGAAUGUGUUCAAGGAUCCAAUCACAGACCCGGGCAAGAAGAGCAAGAAAGGCCGGCUGACACUGGAGAUGCAAGAUGGGCAGUAUGUCACAGUGACAGAAGGGAAGGGAGAUCCUAGCAAGGACCUGCUCGUGACAGUGUUUGAAAAUGGAAGACUUUUGAGGGAUUAUUCGUUCGAUGAAAUACGUCUAACUGCUGAAAUAGAUUUAGUCAAGAACAAGGCAUAAGAGGCAGAGGUCUUCGUUAUUAUUAAAACAAUUGCAGACCACGAUAGAUUUGUGAGAAAUCCAUUACCCAACCGGUAUACGGCUGUACAUACAGAUUCCCCUGGAUGGGAUUCCUAGCUCAAUCAUCACAAGGGGGCAGCGCCGACAGAGGUGUGACACUACAUCACUGCCCAAGUACUUAAAAGAACAAUGUUUGUGCUCUUGUUUUAGCAUGUAUCACAAAAGAUACAGUCAAACCACCUCUACUCAUGAUGUUGAGGAGGCCUAAGUUCAGAGAAUUUGACUUUGUGAGGGUAUAUGUAAUGCCUUGUGCUAUACCACUCAACAUUUGCUAAGGACCAAAAUAGUCAUCAUUUCAAAGGUGUGGUCCUUAGCAAAUGCUGAAUAGUAUACUUAUAAAGUAUCUUCUAUGGGGUCCCUCCCUCAAAAUUAAGCUGUACCAAUUGAUUUUCUUAUUCUGUGGACAAGCCUCUGAAAAUUAAUAAAGAAAAUUAAAAUGAACUCUUGUAAUUUUAUAAAAUGCAAUGUUAAAUGUUUUUAUUUAUGAAGUAUUUUCCAGUAAGGAAUUUUUGUUAAAUUAACCCCAAAUUAACCCGUCCAAUUUUGUUUUCUACUUCUUUUGUUUAAUUAGCCACACUUAGUAAUUAGAGAAUAUGUACCUAUAUGUUCAUGGCUCAUGACACAUGGUGUACCGAUAUUAUGUAUUGGUACUAUUGAUACAAUUCACCCGGGUCUGUUUGUACCGGUAUGUCUCCCCUCUAACAAGGACAUGAUACAAGAAGUAAGGUUGUCCCAUACUGCCCUCCACGCCUGAUACUGGUAUCUCCAGUCAUAAUAUGUGUGUAUUGCUGUAAUAACUGGGUUUGUGGACCAGUGUGUGAUAAACGUUGAUGAAAGGCUUGUAUUAAUCGCAGACUUUCUCGCAAUCUGUAAUUGUGUCAUCAAAGCAAUCGGCAUGGACUCUGGUGCCAACGGAUGUCCUAUCAUCGGUACGAUGUAAAAUGUGGGGUUUUUUUUCACUUUUUUGUCAUUAUGUUAUUUAGAGAUUUUCUUUCCUGUUGAUCUUCUCAUUUUGGUAGUCAAGAAAUUAUGUCGAUAUUUCUACUUACAGUGACAUCCCAUAUGAUAUGUGAACACUGCCUCUGGUUAUCGAAUCCAUCCUUGAUUAUCUAGGGUAUUAAAUCUCCAUUCUAUUAUGAUAAAUACCCUGGAUCCAUUCAUCACAGCUCAAUUCUAGAAGUGAUGUCACCGCUUCUAUUGUUUCUUAUCAGUAACAGGGGCGGUCGGGUAGCCCAGUCGUUAAAGCGUUCGCUCGUCACGCCGAAGACCCGGGUUCGAUUCCCGACAUGGGUACAAUGUGUGAAGCCCAUUUCUGGUGUCCCUCGCCGUGAUAUUGCUGGAAUAUUGCUAAAAGCGGCGUAAAACCAUACUCACACACUCACUUUCAGUAACUGAGCACAGGAUUCGCUCUUUGUGUAACAUGAUUGCACAGCUAUUUGAACAGUGUGGUUUUUUAAUACGGUUCAAGCGAUUGGACAAUAGACUGUUAUAGAUAUAACACCCUAGACUGCCGAGGAUGGAUCAUAUCAUGACCAGGAGCAAAGUGUAUUUCUUUGUGUGUAAGGCAUCUCUUUCUAAUUGUUUCAUUUAUUUCAAAAUAAAAUUUGAAACCAUCAAUUUGUACAUUACUCUCAGUCAGUUGGCUUAUUUCAGUAAGGAGAAAAUGGAUAGAGAUGUGACAAGGGAUAGAGAUUAAACAUCACCACUUCAUUUAGUUUUUCAUGAUUUCACCCAACUGACAAUGCAUUCAACAAAUCCUUUUUAAAAAAGAGCUUGUAUUGAAGAUGUUAAUAUUUUAUUUAUUUUAUCUCAACAUCUGAAAUAAUUUUGUAUAUUCUGUGAAACAAGCGAAAAAGUCCUAGGAUCAUGAAAUAAUCUUCUUAACACUAGAAAUCUCUACCAAUAUGUUCAUCCCUCUUCCAGUCCUGUUAAUUAGAAAUGCUACGGUAUUUCAACAUAUGCAAAGCCUACAGGUGAGGUAUGUAUAAUAGCUUUUGACUGUUACAAAUAUUGAAGUGUAUUUUAUGUGUUAUUCCUAGGAGUUCUGUCUAUUAUGAAGUCAAUUGUUAGUAUACAUGCUUUGUUUUGAUUUUCCCUUGUACCAUCCUUGAUGAUCCAGGGUAUUGUCUCCAUUGUAUUAGAAUAUACAGUAAACUUUGGUUAUAACAAUCUCAAAGGGACCACUAAUUUUAGUUUGUUGUUAUAACCAUAGUUCGCUAUACAGCAUUUCGGCUGUCAGACAUCUUGGAUCAAGGCACGUGACCAGAUAACAUUACUCGAUAGAUAACGAAUGUGUGCACUGCAGUCGUCACAUCUUAUAGACAUUGUUAAUUGAUGGUGUAAUUUGAGGACUAGGCACUACGACUGAAUAUAGCCAAUCACUUGCCUUCAAUUGUUCAUUGACGCUUGGAACAGCCGCGCAUGGCUAGAGAUAUUUUGAUAGGCAGAUUGGGGAUGCGUGAGUAACUCAGAGAUUAACAGUUCUUUAUAAACAUAAAUAUUGUCGUUGAGUACAAAGAGAACCACGAAAAUGAGUUCGCUAUAUCCAUUAUUUCGUCAUGAGCGUGUUCAUUAUAUUCGUUAUUUCGUAAGAAGCAUGUUCGUAAUAUCCAUCAAUUUAAUAUGAUAAACUAUACAGCAAAUGGCCAGGACAAUAACAACAGUUUGUUAUAACGGUCAGGUUGUUAUAAGUAUAUUCAUUAUGAACAUAGUUUACUGUAUACCCCAAACCCAUUCACUGCCAUGGCUUCAUUUUGGAUGUCAAAUCUCCAGCGCCAUCUCCCUAUAACCAACUCAGCAGAAUUUAUCCAGCUCAUGAGGUUGAAAUCAAAAACCAAUUAAAAUGCCUCUUCUGAACACAUGGUCAAUAGGAGGAACGUAGAAGGGACAUCACAUCGUCAUAGCCACCGGUGGUGCUUCGAUUGACCCCAGAAAAUCCAGCCUUUAUCGGCAAGGGUGGAAACUGGACUUUCAGUUCACUCCCUUGCUUCAGGAAGAUGAUAAGUACCCUGGAUAAUCAUGGCUGCACUCAUACACAUUGUCAUUGUAUGACACCAUCCCCUCCAUCCAGAGCCCUGAUUGUUGUGGAGACACGUUGCCAUGAUAUAUGAGCUUACCGUACAGGACCAUGUCACACCCUGAACAUGGAUGUUGCACAAGAUAUAUAUUAAUGUUCAUUUUGACUCCACACACACACUUUAUUCAUUUUGUUUAAUUUGAAUGCAAUAAGUAGAAAUAGUUGCAAUAAUUGGUAAAUGAGAGUGUUUGUGAUGCUGUAGAAAUUAACAGAUGGUUGAGAAAAAAAUUGUACUGUUCAGUUCCUCCCAUGGGUAUUAUGUGUGAAGCUGUGAUGUUGCUGGAAUAUUUCUUAAAGCUGUGUAAAACCUUACUCAGCAACCCAUGCUUGCCAAAGAUGGCGACCAUGCUUGUCAUAAGAGGAAACUAACGGGAUCAGGUGGUCAGGCUCAUUGACUUGGUUGAUGCGUGUCAUCGUAUCCCAACUGCAUGGUUUGAUGCUCAUGAUGUCAGCCAUUGGAUUGUCUGGUCCAGACUUGAUUAUUUACAGCCAAUGUCAUAUGGCUGGAAUAUUGCAGAGUGCGGCUGAAACAACAAACCAACAUUGACUUUUUAAUGCAAAAAAAACCAUUGUGACUACCAAGAUCUUGCCGUUUUUAAUUCAGUUUUGUGAAAAACAUUUUUGCCAGUGCUUGUUGGCAUGAGAUUGAAACAACAGUAAACCAUUUGUUUUGCUUGCCCUUGUUACAAUGAAAUCUGUACAUUGUACAAACUUUAUUUCAUAUGUUUAUUACAAUUCCAUGAUGCUACACACUUAUGUUUUAGAUUUUACAAGUGCUUCUUGCAAUGUUGAUUUUUGCACUCAUAUUAAACCAGUAGUUUUAUUCAGUCAGUACCUCUUGCAGCAUCCUAUUUAUUGCUGCUCAGAUGAAGAUUGACCUGUCUCCAGGGAGGGUUCAUGUGAGAGGAGAUUGUUUCUGGUUUGUCCAAGAUGAAACUGAAAUUGUUUUUUUUUCAUGUUCAAAAAAUGGCUAUGAUUCCUUAAACUAUGUUUACAAUGUAAACCCUUGAAUAAUUAAUCAAGACUCUCGGGCGACAUGUGACACUACUGGAGACAGACCAUCUUUAGAACUGUAUUAAUGUAUUGAAAAUGUUGGCUAUUGUGAUUAUGAGUGAGAAGAGUGAACAAUUGUUUCAUAACAUUUUGGAUAUCGUUUGUUCUAUUUUCACUAUUUUUCUAGGAACCACACAUAGUAUUUUCCGAUGAGUAGCUGUAGUCCUGAUGAUUGAUGAAUUGUUAAUAAGGCCAGACCUGUUUGUCCCCUGUUUUACAGAAAAAUCCUACCUAAAUAAAAAAAAACAUUUACAAGGCUGUAGAAAGUAUGCUUAUUUUCAAACCAGUGUUUGUUAGGUUUGUAGUUGUUUUUAACCUGAUUUCGAAAUAAUUUAUGGCAUUUUUCGAAACUCCACUAACCACUCGGAAUGGGACAGGUUAAAUUCCCAACAUGGUUACAUUGUGUGAACCACUUCUAGUGUCCCUCGCCUUGAUAUUGCUGGACUAUUCUGAAAAGCAGCAUAAAACCUUACUCCUCGGAACUGACCCACAUGAUAUUGAAUGAAUCGGUACAAAAUUUGUUUUAAUUCAUUUUUGAGGUCCUGCAUCAGGGCGUUGCCAUAUGUAAAACCAUGAGGGGUAUUUUACAGGUUUAUAUAGUCCUCGAAAGAAGUUAAAGAACACCCGAUUAUUUUAUAUUGCUAUAGUUAGUCUGUCAUGCUUUGACAGAUAAUCAAGGUGAUAUGAAAGAAUCUGGUGUUCUUUUGAUAGUAUGUAUGAUAGGUUCACACAUCACAGGGACAUAGUGCAGAACCUGUGAGGUAUUCACCAUGAUGGAAGGCAGGACAUGAAAUUGGUCUGGCCUUUAGAUGUAGUGAAUAGCAGCAAGUGUUUGGUAGCAAUAAGGGAAACACAGGAGGAAGCCUUCCUCCACAAGGGAACCAUUCCAAUAAUUACAGAUCGCCCCAAGUGGUGUAUGUUAUCACUGUCUCAGCACCCAACCAUUUGAUAUUUUGUGUUAGAGACAGAAUGUUCCUGACACUGCUUCAAGACAUUUUUCAACCAUUUGUUUUGACAACCAGUGUUGUUCAAGAACAUCCCUGUCCUCCUAAAAUAAAUGACCGGUCCCUUGUGAUAGAGGCUGUACUAAGGUAUUAUGUGCCACUAGGUCCAACUCCCUUGUGUGCUAGACAUGUUACAAAUAAAUCGGCUUUUAAUACCAAA